UGUGGAACAGCUUUAAGUCUAGAGAGACAUCCAGUACCUACGAACCCAGCAACUGAUUACAAGAUCUCCACGCUAUCAGCUCCUCUUCGUCAUGGCGGGAUCAAGUAAAACAAAGAUAGUCCUGCUGGGGAAAACUGGCAGUGGGAAGAGCGGCCUUGGAAACGCCAUACUGGGAGAAGAUCUGUUUAAGGAAAACAUGUCUCCAAACUCUGAGACAGAUGAAUGCCAAGUUGAAUCUAAAGAUGUCAACGGAGCUCCUGUCAAAGUCAUCGACACGCCCGGCUUCUUUGGAAACAAUACGGAUGAAGAGAAGGUGAAGACUGAAAUUCUGAAGUGUAUCGAAAUGGCCGCGCCUGAGAUUCACGCGUUUCUCAUUGUGCUGAAUGUGGGACGAUACGCAGACCAGGAGAAGGAGGUCAUCAAUAAAAUAAAGGAAUGUUUCUCAGAUAAGGCUCUGAAACACGCUGUGGUCGUGUUCACGCAUGGCGAUCAGCUGAGAGAAGGGCAGAAGAUUGAGGAUUUUAUUAGAGAGAAUCGUGAUCUGAGAAAGCUGGUGGAGAAGUGUGGAAGCAGGUGCCACGUUGUGGAUAAUAAAUACUGGAAAGAUCAGCAGGACGGCUACAGGAGCAACAGGUUCCAGGUGGACCAGCUUCUCAACACGAUAGAGAAAAUGAAAAGCGAGCAGGGCGGCUACACCAGCAACUUACUGCAAGAGGUGGGGAAAGUGAAAAAGAUGAUAAAAGACAAGCUACGCAGCUUCGCGAAACACUCACUUCAAGUCGUGAGGAAAGUGAAAGAAGCAAUGCCCUGGGGGCAGAUUUUGAAGGUAUCAGCUGGAGCUACAGUAGGAAUGGUGCUGGGAGCAUUACUUGGUGCUUUUAUAUGCAAACCACUUCCAUGUAUUGGUGCAGUUGGUGGGGUAGUGGCCGGUGGCGCAGCUGGAGCAGCUGUAGCUUACAACAGUGAAACAGCAGUGGACGCUGUUGUAAAUAUAACUAAAAUAUUUUUCCAGGUCGGAAGGGAAAUGCUGAGCAUAUCAUGCUGUGUAAACGAUCCAAACAGUAGUGGACAGAAGAAGCUAAUGUUGAUGCCUGAAUAAAGUAAAGGAAUUCAAUUAGAAGAGCAAGAUGCUCAGACUACAUGAAGACUGAUGAUGUACAUUUUUGUCCUUAAUGGUUCUGCAACAGAACGUGGAACCAUUAAGGACACUGUUUUGAAACUCAUCAGUUUUCAAAAAUAAUUGCUCCUGGUUCCUUAAAAUGUCAGAUCUGUGUGUUUGCGUCGCCUAAAUGACAGAAAACCUUUUCCGGAAACACCUAAAAUCGUCUCCAUGUGGACGGGGCCUUAGUUUGUUGAAUGUUUUAGAUCAGGGGUCUCAAACUCCAGUCCUCGAGGGCCGCUGUCCUACAACUUUUAGAUGUGC